AUGGUGGACGUUUACGGCAUAACCAGAGACGUUAUUCUUCUCGUCAGGGACCAUCUUUAUGACCUACAAUCCACAUUUUGCCGAAUAAGCGUUGGUGAAAUGGGGGUCGAAAACAAGUUCGUAGCUCGCCAUCUUCACAGGAAGAAGCUUAGAAAGGAGAUGCUGAAGCGGCUCAACUCUUUGAAAGGGACGAAGAACAAGUGCAGGAUUUUGGAUGUGUCGACCAUGGAUGGAAACUUGAUGGUGGUGGUUGAUGUGUUGAGAGAAGUGAGAGUGACGACGAUUUCCAUAGUGGAGUCAUUGAUGUUGUUAAUGGCGAUGCCCAGCCUGGAGAGGAAGUCGAGCAAAUGGUCGUUGGGAUUGAAGUUAAAGCGGGCGAACAGCAUGAGUUUCUGA